UCUCUCUCUCUCUCUCCACAAGCUCACACAGCCAUUGUUAUGUGCCACUUAUAUCGCUCAUCUAUCCAUACCGUAAAGUAUGUGUCGUCGUCAUUGCAUCGAGUGUAUAAUUCGCACAUGCACCUGUCUCUCGAGGGGGAACUCUCUCCCACCACACGUAUAACCGCGGGAUAUCCUACAUACCUAUAUAAUAUAGCGACUUGUGUUAUAACAGCGUGGUGGGGACGAUCAAUAGCUGAUGUGCAGCGGGGUAGAGGUAGAAAACUCCGAGCGGGGGUAGUUUACGUAUCCAACCCUCUAUGCGUGUGUGUACGUAAGCUCGGGGGGUAUUUUUAGAGAGCGGUUGAGCUUUUAGGUACAGGUAUAUAGCGCGCAAGCUCCGAAGCGCGGUAAACUCGUCGAAGGAUUUUUUUUUAUAAUGUUAUGUAGUCGAAAGCUUGGGGGUAGGGGGUCAAGACGCAAUUGCAGCUAAUCUUUCACCGAGUCGAGUGCUUUAUUCGAAUUUCAGCCCUCGCACUGUACAGGAACUGCAUCGGCGUUUCGUUUUCAAAAAAAGCGUAUUCGACGACGAGCAACCCUCCCCACACGUACAAUACCCGCUCCCAGCCUCGGGGGGUAUCCUACCCUCGCUUACACCCCCCCCCCACACACACACACACGCACACACACACACAAAGGGAGAGGCAGAGAGCGCGCGCGUGGUCGUCGGCGUCUCUCUGGUGCAUUGCGUGCGUCAGUCAGUCGUCCUCCUCUCCUUCUUCUUCUCUCCUCGAUCUCGGCUAUACAUAGGCAGCUGUAUACCUACGCUGUCGUCGCAUCUUUCUCUCCGUGUAUAUCAUGUUGCGGCGGUGAGAACAACAUUGGCGGCGGCUGUAUAGACAACGGCGGCAACAUGGAGAUCGACAUGGAGUUCGAGCAGAACAGGCUCGACGCUGUAGUGCGAUUAUCAUCCGCGGAUGGAGUGGCUCGAGGCUACCGAGGGACAGAUGUGGCUGAGGGCUGAUCUGAGGGUUGAUGCCGACGACGAGGUCUCGGCGAAGCUCUGCGAUGGAGGUCACGUAUGCACAUUUCCAAAGGAAUGCUGCAGCCUGGGUUGCUGCAGUUACUCGACCUUUCCUCAGAUCGGCAACUCCGUCACGGAAAUGUUCAAGUUUCUCUUCUGGUACUACUGGUACCUGUGGAUCGCAGUGUUCGCCGGUCUGAUAAUCGCGGCGGCUUGCGGAUGUUGGCUCUGCCGCAGGAGGCACGCGAACAUGAUGGAGGACGGAACGAUUUCCGAUCGAGCCUCAACCGGCUCCUGCUACCUUCCGCCGCACUACAGCCGAUGCAGCUCGAUAGUCCAGGCUAUGCCGCCGCCCUAUAAUGAGGUGACGGCGAAACCGGACCUGUACCCCCUGGUGAUCGGCUACGACGACGGUUUCGGCAAAGGAGCCUCGGGUCUGGUGAUGCGAUACUUCAGGUCGCUGUCCCACGCCAGUACCCUCGACUCGCUCAGCUCGAGUUUCAUGUGCAACGUCGUCAACGAGGCCAACACCAUCAUCCCACCGCCCUACUCCUGCAACAACAGCGUCGACGAGCUGUCGACCGUCGGUGCUGGUUCUGGGGCAGCAGCAUUGGGCGGAGGUGCCGUCGGAGGAGCCCGAGAACGACCAACAAACUUUGGUGAGGGCUCGCUUGCGUCGUUGGCGAACCAUCGAACCACCUCGGACGUGUCGAGCUUGGCGGCGCAGUCGCCGCUGUCCCCGCCGAGGGCUACCAGCCCUACGAUAGAGAUUCCGUCAGAGUCGCUUCGCGAGCUGCUGGACAAGAUCCAGCAACUGCCCCAGCUCCCGGCAUCCCAGCAAAACCGGCCGCAGGCGUUGUUCUCCCUCGGCCUGGGCCAUCGCUCGAGCAGUCCUCCAGCUGACGAGCAGCUGUUGCCCAGCUCGACGUACAGCUCGCAGGCGACCUCGAGCAGCGGCCAGCAACGAACGAAGCGUACCCGUGGCAAGACGUACGUCUCGGUGGGACCACCGCCUCAACGAAGCACCAAAUCCGCGAGGUCCUGGCUAUCGAGGUCCGCACCCACGACGCCGUCCGGGCCCAUCAAUCCUGUGGCUGCUUUCCUACCAGGCGGUCAUCAUCAUCAUCAUCACCAUCAUCACCAUCACGUAGAUCCUGGCAGUAGACAGCAGGCGGUGCCGUUGCUGCUGGCCGAGCAGGACGAGAACGAACACGGUAACGGUGCGCCCGAGAUCGUCUGAGUUGGUUAGUGAAGCUCAAUAGGGAGAGGAAAAUACAGGAUUGCUUAUCGACGGUUUUGUUGAUUUUUCAUUUGGAGUUGGCCGUUGUCGAGGAUCGAGAUCGUAGAUCGUCUAUUUUUAUCGCGUUGUGUAAAAAGCUACGGUUAUCGUAACGUAUACUAGAGACAAUAGGGUAUUUUACACUUAUUAUUCUACCGAGUCGAAUCGAGAAGGAAGAAUCGCUGUUUUUUUCAGUCUAUACAAUACUUCCUUUUUUCUCGUGAAAUCUCAUUCAAUGCACAAGCAAAAACGAACGCGUUACAUUACGAUGAGUCACAUCGCCGCAACAAGCAAUUCUGUUAUUUUUUUUUUAAAGCCAGACUCCGUUCGGGAGCGUAAAUUCGGUCCAACUUGACUCGAAAUUCAAAUUGUCAACGAUAUAAACGAAAAAUAACUCACUCGCGUCCGAUUUCACUGUUCGAUCUCUGUUAAGAACGAAUAAAAGAUAAAUUAUAAGUAUAACGAAUGUCGCGCUGAAUUUCUGCUCUCCGAACGUACGUUGCAGCCUAUAUAUGCCCUGAAGGGACUUUUAAUAGCCAGGACCCAGAGUUUGCUGGGGCCUUAUUAGAUGAUUUUUCCAUAUUGAAUUCGCCCCGAGCCGAAAAUACCUCGCUGGAUUUUCCUCGAAUUGAGUAUAUAUCGUAUAUAUUGUAUACAUAAAAUUUAGUACGUUAAGUGUUGUUUCACACCCUUCAAGAUUCGAAUUUUUCGCGUUUUUCGUGUCGAGUAGUUAUAUCGAGGGUCGUUGUUAUAUACUAAUCGUGAACGUUAAUAGUAAAGUAAACAAAUUAAAACUCGAUGUUGUUGAGUGUGACGAUGGCGAUUUUUACGAAAAGAAACACGCAUCUAGCGCGAAAUUUCACACGUUCUUAAGGACAUAAGGAUUAAAGGACAUUUUUAACGAUCUAGUCAUCUUAUUAGUUGUCCCGUUAAGUUGAAUAUCGUUUACAUUCUUUCAACGAGGGCUAGAUUAACGUGUGAGACCAAAACAUGUAUUAAAAAGUGCCGAUUUUAGUGUAACACUUUUUGCUUUUAUCGAUACGGAGGCAAGAGGCGAGGAGGUCCUUUUUUAAGAAAUAUUUGUGUAACAAACUGUCAACAUCGAAAAAACAUGUAGCGUUGCCAAAAUUCCACCAUAUAAUUUUCGUGAUUGUUUGUAUAUCAAUACAACACGAAUGUAUGACCUGUGUCAGAAGAUUUCUCGGAUUUUAAAUUCGGUGAAUUUGCAAUUCGAACGAAGCUCUCACGUCAUUUCUGAUCGGCCAGGAUUUUUACCGAUUCGAUGCGUCAUUUAGGCAACGAGCAUAGAGAGAAAGAGAGAGAAUGCUUACGACUAGAAAAAGAAGCUACCAAAGUACAGACGAAACUAAAGGUUCUUUGUGUCACUGUAAAUACACACCGAUGCGUCAUAUACAUAUAAAUUUCUUGUGGCGAUAAUAUGACAGAGAUGAAUCAACGAAUAAGAGAAUUGCGUUCCAAACUCGUAUGCAUACACAAUAGGAAAGCAAGCAGAAAUAAAAAUGUGUAAAUUGAAACGAGCGCCGUUAAAAUUAACAAUAGACUGAGGAGUGACGUGAACGAUGCCGUGUGAUUGUCCUCGCAUCUUCGCGUCCCACUGCGACCGAGGCAUCGAAAAAAACGAAAUCGACUUUUAUCAUUGUAACUGUCCAGUCCGUUGUACCGCUGCCGUUCAAGGGCUCGAAAUUGUUGUUUUUCAUAAAAAUGCACGUAUAAAGCGAACGACGCAAAGUUUUCGCACGUGUAGGUCUGAUUUCGUCUCGGCUGUAAGUUUUUCAGGAUAUUAUGUAAUAGGUGAUACACACGCGAUUGAUUUGGAAAGACUUUUCUGUGAGAAUUCGUUUCAUCCUUGUAUUGUUUGUGAUAGUGAAUGUCUAGCAUUGCGAGUUGAAUUACGGUACAUUUACUUUUGCACUGUUUCGAAUCGGAUAUGUGCGUCGCCUAUGUAAUAGCGAGUAUAUACAUGUGCGCGAGGCGACCCUCUUUUUAGCCUAUAGUAGCGGAUUUUUCAGAUCAAUCUAUAAUUACCUCCUUCUCUCUAUCUAAUUCUAACUAUUCAAACGAAUCCGCGCGAUCGUUCUAUAUCGUAUAUUCGUAAUUAAUCGUCGAGUUCACGAUGUGCCGAUGUAUGUAUUUAUCUGCAUCAGUUCCAGACAGUUUUACUCUAAUUGUUAAGAAAAAAUCUACUUGCUAAGAAUCAUCGUAUUACAAUAAUAAGACUAUAUAUGCAUCCGUAAUUAAGAGUGUAAACUAUAAUAAUACAUACAAGCUUUGGAUUUUGUUACGUUUGAACUUUGUUGGGCCAACUCGCCGAGCUCACUAUAUUCGUUCCUAUAAACAGAUCAAUAUACGUUCAAAUACACUUUAUACAUUCUGCAUAUAAUUGUUCGUUAAUUUGUUCAACGAUAUAUAUAUAUAUAUAUAUAUAUAUAUAACCGUCUGUUAUACAUAAUACACCGUUUUUUUCAAUAUAAUUCGUUAUUUCUCUUAUACAAAUGUUAACUGUAUAUUUACAAUAAUUUUAAAAUCGUGUAACGAGUUACAUAUACUAAUAGGCAAACUUGUACACAAGCUUAUGAAUUAGGCAAUAGUUAGUCAGUCGCAGGUGAGAAAGUUAACUGUUUCGAUGAAGAUUCUUGGCCAGUGAAUUUUUUCGCGCUAAUGUAUAAGCAUCGCAAUAAGAGGGACAUUUUAAGGGAAAGUUCUAUUAGUCAUAGAAUUGUUUUAUAUUCGUAUAUAUUAUUAAAAAAACUAAAACUAAAA